GGGCGGGGCUGGCGCCGGGACGCCAGCCGCUGGCGGGUCGGUACCCAGACGGCGGCGGCGGGGAUCGCACGCGGCGCCCCGGCCCCGGCCCCCUCCGCGCCCGGCCAUGCCCCCUCCCGCGCCGUCCACCCAGCUGAUGCCGUCGGAGCGCGCGGUGGUGCUGCUGUCGUGCGCGCUCUCCGCCCUCGGCUCGGUCCUGCUGGUGGCCACGCACGCUCUGUGGCCGGACCUGCGCACCCGGGCGCGGCGCCUGCUGCUCUUCCUGUCGCUGGCCGACCUGCUGUCGGCCGCCUCCUACUUCUACGGGGUGCUGCAGGACUUCCAGGACACCUCGUGGGACUGCGUGCUGCAGGGCGCGUUGUCCACCUUCGCCAACACCAGCUCCUUCUUCUGGACGGUGGCCAUCGCCCUCUACCUGUAUCUUAGCAUCGUCCGCACCGCGCGCGGCCCAGGGGUCGGCCGCCUGCUGUGGGUUUUCCACAUCGUCAGCUGGGGGGUCCCGCUGGUCAUCACCGCGACGGCUGUAGCUCUCAAUAAGAUCGGCUACGACGCCUCGGACGUGUCCGUGGGCUGGUGCUGGAUCGCCCUGGAGGCGGACGACCGCUUGCUGUGGUUGCUGCUGACUGGGAAGCUGUGGGAGCUGCUGGCCUACAUCACGCUGCCCGUGCUCUACCUCCUCAUCCGGAAGCACAUCAACAGAGCGCACGAGGCUCUCUCCGAGUACCGGCCCAUCAUGUCCCAGGCGCACCAGCUGCAGCACCACCCCUCCGUGGCCGACAAGAAGCUGAUCCUCAUCCCCCUCAUCUUCAUCUGCCUCCGGGUCUGGAGCACCGUGCGGUUCUUCCUGACCGUCUGCGGCUCCCCGGCGGUGCGGACGCCGGUGCUGGUGGUUCUGCACGGCAUCGGGAACAGCUUUCAGGGGGGCGCCAACUGCAUCAUGUUUGUCCUCUGCACCCGUGCCGUCCGGACCCGGCUCCUCUCUCUCUGCUGCUGCUUCUCCUCUGAGCCGCCCACGGCCACCGAGAGCCCAGGGGGCCCCCCCAAGGCCCCUGCGCCCUCCAAGACUGGCGAGUCUCAGGGGCCCAGGUGGGCCCCAGACGGACUUUCAAGCACCUGAACUGCUCCCCUCCUGGUUGCAUGGGUGGGUACUGCCCAUCUGGGGCAGGCGGCUAAGUCCCCUCUGCAGGGAGCAGGAGGGGAUGUCGGCUGCGCUGUAAGCCUUCCGCUGUUGAAGCUCUUGCUGCCCCUUGGGGAGCAGCACAAACUCAGCUUGUUUACCUCCUCGACCCUCAGGCACCUCCUCCUCACAACGCAUCCUUCUGCACUCGGCAGGAUUCCUCAGCAGGAGGGCUGCACUGAGAGUCAGGGAAACCAGUGGUACCUGAUCACUGCCAGGCUGCCUUGUGGUCCAGGGGUCAUCGGCCUCGUGACCACACAGCACUGUUUACACUUGGAGGGACCCACACCGGUGGGAAAAGCACGAAGAGAUAUAUGUACACUGUGCAUCCAACCUCAAUAAAAUGGGGGGAGUGGUACCAGAGAUGUGGUCCCCACCGAGAUAUCACGGAGCAGAUUCCUGGUUUUUCAGGGCAUUGAGAUUCCCAAGAGCCUGGCUUUUCUUGGAUGGCUUUGCUGGUCAACGAAAGGGCCAGUUACCUUUAAGCAGGAGGUUCCCUAGUGACCGGCAUGAGCACAGCCGCACACAGCUGCUCACGGCAGCCGGUCUCCCGGGGCCCCCGGAAUUCUGUCCAUGGGCUGCCAGCCCUUGAGGUAAAUUGUGUUUGAGUUUCAAGCACAGGCUAGGAUCCAGACUCCUGCCUCCACCAGGCACUUCAAAUACAGGUCCCUCCUCCAAUGCAAGGACUGGAACAGGACAGGAAGAGGCCACCGCAGGGAAUCCCUGCAGACGCCCCACUGUCCCUCGGGUCUGUUCUCCCAAAGACCGAGAUAGGGGUGAGCUGGGGGAAGGAUCUGGCUUAUUCAUUUUCUAGGUUAAUUUUUUAUAGGAAAGGUGACCAGAGAGUUAGGGAAUCACCCAAAUACUGAUUCCUCCUUGAAGGGGAAGGUUUGGGGAGCUGGAGUUGGGGGGAUGACACAUGCGUCAUGGGGUGAUUUAAAAGAAAAUGGAUUUAAAAGAAGCAUCCGUAUCUCUACAAUCUAUGGCUCUGCCACCAACCCUUUCUUCUUAGGUCAGAAAACAAUGUCUCUAAGUCACAGAAGUCACUGGCUGAGAAUGGGAGGUGAAACUGUCACCAUGGGGGGCCUUGGUGAGGAAAAGUACACCGUAACCCAGUAGGUGCCCCUCCCUUGGGUCCCAUGAGAACUCUGCAAAACUGAAGCGAUUUUCUGAACCUGUAAAGCGGUUCUGGAUUAAAAUUAAAGCCACACCUUCCUGUUGAUUCCUCUUACUCCCAAAAGCAGAAUCCAUAACAGGAAGAAACUCUGAAUAGGUCUCUACAGCACUAGGUCGACAAUGGUCAUUUGGGGUUUCCUUUCAAAAAAAAGGUUUUGUGAAAAUCAGCAAGAGGUGAACAGCCCUUUAGGAUUCAAAGAAAGCUCUGGGCUGCCCUACAGGAGGGCGUUCUCUGUACGGAAACGGCCCAUGUGAGGGGAGUCUGGGGUUCCCCUAAAGAUGUUACCGCACAUCAUGGGCUCCUAGCUGGUAAAGAGCCUCACGUUAGCUUCUAGAAUGGAGCAGAAAUGCAGGAAGUUGCUUGCUGCAAAUGAGAAAAUGACUCACGGCUGAGUUAUAGCAGGGGCCCCAGAGGAAUGAUGCUAGAAUACAUCUUGUCCUGAAGGGGGCCCCAGAGGCCUUGGGUCAGACGGUGGAACAUCGGUGCCCACAGGGUGUGACCUGUUUCCCCAGACUGGCUGCAGCCAGAAAAUACCUGCAGAAGGAGUCGGGCUCAGAGAAGAGCAUCUCCACGUGCCUGGGCCUCCCUCACAUUCUCAUUGCACUUGUGUGGUGCUGCUGUGCUGUCAGCUCUUGUAAAAACUGCCCCAAAGAUGCACCUGAGUAUUCCUAUUUCCUUCCCCCUGUGCUCCCUACCCGCCUCUGCAGACGGGUGAACGUGUUACUGCGAGCGGUGGGCCUGUGCGGGCAGGGGAGGGGCUCGUCCCAGUGCCCAGAGCCUUGCAAACGGCAGCAUAGCCUCUUUCUCGGAUCAGUCUAGCGGGAUGGGUGGAGUUCAGAGCAGAAGGACGUGUAGGAAUAGUCACAUCCUAAAGCCCAGGAGGGGUUCCUGCUUGGAUCCGAGCAAGACAGAAGUGCGUUCCUUUUACCUGUGCUGGGCCCCCGUGGGCUCUCUCUCUGUCACUGUAAUUAAUGUUUACCCACCCUUAUCCCCCAGGCAUAGCUGCGCUACCUCGGCCUGAACAGGGCCCAUGGUCUCAGCCCCCAGCCCCUCUUUUAUCGGGCACUUUCUGAACCUUGGUCUUUUCCUCAGGUUUACUAAGCACUUUCUGCCUCUUUGUGCAUCUGAGUUGCGCCUAUCUGAUUUUGUUUUUUAAUAAAGAUUAUGAUUUGGCCCGGGCCGAGGGUGCAGACGGAGCUCUGCGUGUGUCCCCGACAAGAAAAAAACAUUUUUGCAGACUUCCGAUCUUGGCGUCAUGACAUGGAGGGAGGUUUUUUGCACGUGCAACAUUGUAAUGAAAACCCUGACUGUCUGAGGUCAAGGCCAAAGUCUUGCUAUUUUAAAUUAAAUAAAAUAUUUUU